UUGUUCCGCCAUUUCUGUUAGGAAGGCGGGUAAUUUUGAAAGCUCGCCGGGCAGCUCGCGUUUCUCUAGUGAGAGAAAUAUCUCGAAUUUAGUUGAACCGAGCGCGGAAUUUUGGAGUUCACAUAUUUCUUUAUGUGUUCGCGUUUUCUGUGGGCAGCAGGCUCGCUACUUUUUGACUUUUUUGAGUAACUUUAAAAAUGAGCAGCAGGACACCGCGGUCAGCGUCGACUGGCCUCAUAAAAAGCAGAGAAACAGAUGAAGGCAGCCAACAGCGAAGGAGAUCAGCAAGGCUGUCGGGGAAUGAAGAAAACCUGCCCCCCAAAGAUGAGGUUCCACGCGUUUCUGUUAAACGCUCCAUCACUGUACGAAAAAUUGCACCCAGGAAAACUCAGGUACCAUCAGAGCCUAUCAAGGAAAAUGUGGAAAGAAGAUCCAGUGCCGGAAACAGAAAGAGGUCCCAAGGCUCAAACAGCCCAGUCCAAACAGAGGCACCAGCACCCAAGCCCACCAUCCUGUCCCCAAUACAAGCGCCUUCAUCACCCCCUCCCCAGCCCAAAGACCCGGAGCCAGAGCAGGAUCCUGUUUGGUCUAACAAGGUCCGUCGGUCUUACAGCCGUUUGAGCAUGGGAGAUCGGUCUUUUGAAAGUCCAAAAUCUGCCUCAUCCCCCACACGCCGCGAAACCCUGUUUGGGUUUGAGAGGCUCCAGACCCCUGAGGUGAUUCGUAAGGCUGACGUGUCAAAGGGAGCGCUCCAAUCCUCAACAUCACUGUGUGUAGGAUCUUUCAACCUCUCAGCAGCUGAUGACGGCGAGUCCAACCCCCCAGAACCUGACAUGAACAUACCCGGAGUUUGCCUGGUGAAGAAGAACCCUCGAAGGAAGAGGGUCCAACAGAUUAAGAUGUCAGAGUUGGACCUUCUUGCCGCACAAAUGAAUGCUGAGUUUGAAGAAGCUGAGUCCUUUGAAUUGCUGGUAGAAUGAAGCUUCUGUACAGCCCUCAGAGACAGUAAACAACACCACUGGAAAAGAGAAAAUGAAGAGUGGAGGGAACUGAAACAAGAUAUCUGAACUCAGUGGAAUACAGAUCAAGACCAACCAGCAUCUGUUGACUGCAUUUUCCUGCAUACCAGGAAACACCAACCAGCCAAAAUUGAAUAAUACAUUAUACAGGAAUUUUGUUUAGUUCUGUAUUGUUUUAUUACAUUUUACUUUACCUUUUAUUCGAUCAAGUCAGUUUUAUUACAAACUGUAUUAUAAUUAUAACUCUAUUAUAUUUUAUUUCUCUUUUUUACACCUUCAAAUACUGACUUGAUAAGAGAUUUUAGGUUCAGAGUCUUUGUUAUUUUUCAACAGGGAUACAACUUUUUUCUUUUAACUAUUCUAUAAUUGGCCUAAAUAUCUGUGUUUGUGUAUUGUUUGUUUGUUUUUUCUUACUUUAACUUCUGAAAAUCUAUUGUUUUGCUUAGUGUGGAAUAGUGAUUUGAGGUAUAGGACAUGCAGAGUAAAGUGUGGGAUGUUGAGAUAGCUGUUGUACAAAACACCAAUACAUUAUGCUGAAUUUACAUUUGGUCAUAAUAUAACCAGUCUGCACAACCAAUAUUACAUUUCAUCUGAUAAUUUUGCCCAUAAUAUGUAGCAUUUAGAAUUCCACCUAAAAAACAGUUUCACAGUUCACAAUCCCGUAAUAUUUUUUUUUCAUAUGGUAUCUAUAUAAUGUAUAUUAUACUCUAUACACUCAUUUUUUAGCCUUUCUUCCAUAUUUUAUACUUCAUUCAAUUUGCCACUAGAGGGGGCAAUUUGUUACAGUUGAACAAAACUACAGCGUGAUCAAUGCAAUAUUUUUACUGUCUCAUCCCCCCUCCUGUUCCUUUUUUAAGUAUUGGCUUGAACUUUACCAAAAAAAAAAUCAACUUUUUUUGCAGGCACUGAUAUAGACUCGUGAUAAUAAGACUUAACUAAUGGUUCAUCAGUACACUUUUAACAUUUGUUCAACAACUGUACCAAAUCAAGCGGCGGUGCAUGAGGAGCAGAUCGGGGAAUGAGAAAGUUUGUCUUAUACAUGCAUUUCCUUCUUUGUUCUCAUCUGAAUCUCUGCACGUCCUCACUACCAAGACAAAUAAAGAAGUUCAAACAAA